UCAUUGACUCGCGAGCGACGUCGCGCUCGCGUCGACUCACGGCCGGUCACCUCUCGCCAGUCUUUGCCGAGACGCCGCGCGAUACGCGUCCCUGUCCGCAUCCGGUGCAUCGAUCCUCUCCGUUUCGUACAACAGACUCUCGAUAUUGUUAGCAAUUUCCGGUACCGUUCGGUGCCCCGACCAUUCCACGGUGAACGUCUUUCGAUCCGUGUUUACCGAACAAAGAAAGAAAGAGUAUCGAACGUAGGGCAGGACUCGCAGGGGUGAUAUCGUUGGUGAAUGCAACGUGCUGCAACGGUGCGGUGAAUGUCGAGUGAAUGGUCACGAGUUCGCGGGGCGACAGGGAAGGCUUUCGCGAGACGUGCGCGCGAAAACCGGUUGCGUUGAGAAGGUCAGUUACUGGAUCGGUGUCAGGAAACGCUCGUCCGUCCGUCUCGAAGGGCUGAUCCUGUCGGCUCUCACCCUCCGUCGAAGAGGAGACGCGAAAAGUCAGUCACGUUCGCAUCCCGUGCACGCACGUCCGCGUUCGAACAGGUCCCGGUUGAAACGUCAAAGGCCAAGGUUGCUGCUUUCGCGCGGCCUUUGUUCCGCCCGGAGAAGAUGGAAUGAGAGGAAAGAAAGCGAGAAAGAGGGGAGCCAAGUAGUAUCUAGCACGUGGGCGAGCACGGAACCACCGAACGAUCGACUGACUCUCCCGUUGACGGAAAGAACGGAGGGAAAGUGGAAAAGAUCUAAGUGGAAUAUUCCAUCGGCGGCGUCGUUGUAUCCUCGCCGGCAGGAGGAAGGUGUCGUGGUGCUGAGAGCACUCGUGCCGGAGGGUAAUGCGCUUGGUGACCGGAAGUGAGAAGCCUCGGGCGGCCUUUUCUUUCUUCGGUCCUCGGUCCUCCUCCUCCUCCUCCUCCACGGCGUUGCUCUCGUCCCGGUCGAACGGCUGGAAGGAAGGAGGCACGACGCAACCAGGUCCCCGGGGAAGCUGAGCUGCAGGUGUAGGAGAACGGGAAGAGCAACGGCAACAACGGCCAACAGGGAGCGCCUCGUCCAGGACGGCGCUCUUCUAACGCCGAUAGGAGGGAGUUAUGGUGUCUCGCACAUGCGAUGACUGCGGCCGCAGCCGUGGCACUGUGGCAUCGUGCCCACCUUUACAAGGCGAUCGUAUGCGUCGUGCUCGCCCUCAUCGCCAUUCAGUAUUUACUUAGCGGCGUCAUCGAUCGCCGAUCCAUAGAGACGAUUUUCACCAUUAACACCACCAGGUACGCCGAUCGUACGUACAGGCACCAUCCGCGGGGCCUGAUCAUAUACGGACCCGUAACGGUGCCCAGUUUACUGAACAAUGGCUCCGCGACGACCCUGCAAUGGGCCGGCCGGGGUCAUUCAAAUUUCUCCAAGUUGGAUACCAUGUUCCCCACUCGGAACGCGUACGUCUUUGGGAGCUCGCAGGAAGUAUCGCAGGGGAACUCGACGAACAGCACCGUGUUGCAACGAUGUCCACUUCUGCCCCCAAACCUCGUUGGACCGUUGGCUGUUACCAAAUCGCCUCCCGAAUUGUCGGUGAUCGAGAAAGCGUUCACAGACGUGAAACCCGGUGGCAGAGGAUAUCCGGCGGAUUGCGUCGCCAGGCAUCGGGUCGCCAUCAUUAUUCCGUUUCGCGAUCGUCCUCAGCAUCUUCAGGCGUUGCUCUACAAUCUUCAUCCGAUGCUACUACGUCAGCAGAUCGACUACCAGAUAUUCGUGAUCGAGCAAAAAGGCAGCGAGUCCUUCAACCGCGCGAUGCUCAUGAACGUCGGCUACGUCGAAGCCUUGAAGGAACGGCUUUUCGACUGUUUCAUUUUUCACGAUGUUGACCUACUUCCGGAAGACGAUAGGAACUUCUACACCUGUCCCGAGCAACCCAGGCACAUGUCGGUCGCGGUCGACAAGUUCAAAUACAGGCUACCGUACGCCGAUCUGUUCGGCGGCGUGUCGGCGAUGUCGCGCGAACAAUUUCGCCUGGUGAACGGAUUCAGCAACGUGUUCUGGGGCUGGGGCGGCGAGGACGACGACAUGGCUAAUCGGAUAAAAGCGCACGGUCUUCACAUCUCCCGGUAUCCGGCGAACGUGGCGCGAUACAAGAUGCUCACGCACAAGAAGGAGAAGGCUAACCCAAAGAGGUACGAGUACCUGAAAACGGGCAAGAAGAGAUUCUCCACGGACGGACUGACCAAUCUCCAGUACGAGCUGGUCGAUAAGCAGAAGCCAAAACUAUACACUUGGCUUUUGGUGAAGCUGACGCCCCCUCAGCCCAGCUGAUGGCUGUCUUGGAUCGGGUAGUGGAGAGGGCCCAGAGACGUCGUUCCGCGUCCAGUACCGGUAGGAGGCGACGGAGACUUGUACGGGACCGAAACUAUGUUCGAUCGGUGCGUGGACGACCGGUUGGAACGGUCCAACGGUCGCGAGUGAUCGUAAAAAGUUUGGUUCCGGUAAAAUUCGUGGAACGAAUCCCGCCAGCUUUCCGACCGACGGUCCAAGAUGUCCUGGAGCGGCGUGUAACGUCGACGUUGCAUCCGCGCGCGAUUCUCGCGGGUUGUUUCUCUCGCGGGUGGUCGGCGGCAACGAACGAGAGAAACGUUGUUACGUGAUAUAUUUUUAUUCCUCGUAUUUUUUUAUCGCAACGAUAGGCUAGAGAGCAAGGUAGAAUGUAGCGUACGAGCUAACGUGCCAAAGGAAAAUGUGUGUGCGUGUGAAAGCGAGCCGUGGUGGCCGAAAACGAAGAGAGAAAAAGAGAGAAGAGCGGGUCGGUAGAAGCUCCGUUCGUCCUUUUCGGAGUGUAUUGUACAUAUACGAGUACGCACGAUCCACAGAAGUUUGAGGCUUCCUCGGUCGGGUUACGCGAAAUGCCAGUAGCCCGAGUUUCCGGUUGACCGCCGCGUAUCUAGGACAGUUUCGUGGCGAACUCGGCUUCCAUCGAGCUCCCGCGAACCUGCAUGCGUUGCUUUUUGCAACCGUGAUCCCUAUUUCGCAUGGAAGCGAAUACGCGAGCGGCGAACCAAUCCGAAUCUCCGUUGUAAUUUUUAACGCUAGAUCUACGGAACCCGUCGAUCUCACGGGUUUUAGAUUCCGUAUUUCGAGUCACGGAACUCGGAAAUAUUAUCUGUUAGCAAUUUAUAUUGAAUUUUAUAUCCUGAUUAAAAGAAAAACCGCAUUAAUGUCCGUAAAUCUAGCGUUAAUGCACUGGUACCACCCGUCUAUUUGUUCCACGGAUCCGUGUACACUGGUCGAAAUGUCCGUAGAGCCGGACUUUUCGACGUUGUACUUAUGGUAAGUUAGCAUUUUAUAUGAUUUUGGGAUUAAUCGAACGAAACGAGCAUGUGGUUGUAUUAAUAAACGAGCCAUCGGGUGGAGAGAAGGGCCUGUACGUCAAAGUGCCAUUUCGUGUACGGCUCUAAAUAUCAUUUGCAAUUUCUUUUCUUGUCAUACUAUGCGUGUACAUGGAUCCUUAAUUCCUUGAUACACGGUGCGCGUGUAUUUUACAGGUUUUGCUAUUCAUACUUUCGUUUCAACGGACAUUUUCUACCGCCAUAUUCUCCGACGACGAACCUUAAAAAAAACUAACCGUAGAUUUCAGCCAGAAAUUGAAGCUACCGCCGGCGCGGUCGACCUAGAAAUCCGCGCCUUUGCCUUUACGAUUUAUACGCCUCUUCUCGAACUACCGAUAAAGGGUCCCCCGUUAUCGGGAAGACCCGUACUCGACGCGUUGGCAUAGAACAGACGAUAGAAAUCGCGUUUUUCUCAACGCGAACUACUUUCCAUAGCUUCCGGCGGAACGAUGAACGUUUCGCGUUUUUAUCGCGAGCAACCAUAAACGUUCCGUGGGUCGGGACAGCGUGAGAAAUCGUCGCUCGGGAACGACGGAAGCUUUUGGUCGUUCGAAGUCCGCGGGCACGGUGCUCUCGAGCGGAACGAAAGGAAGCCUAUUUUUUUGUUUAGGAUUCGCGUAGUCAUCGAUCAAUAAGUCUCGUUAAUUGCGUCGCGAAAAGUUUAUUUCUGUACUUGACGUGAUCUUGUACAGACGGACGUAUAAUGGAAACGGUACUUAAGCGUCUAACGUGAACAAAAUGGCGGAACUCUGCGUAUUCGAGGACGCUCAUCGUUUAGCAUUUUAUACGUAUUUCCUUGAAAACUACACACACACACACACACACACCUACACACGACACAUGCAUGCACACGCUUCGUUCGAAAACUGUGAUUCGCUGGUGAAUUGAACUCGAUACUCGGUUUUUCAAGGUUUCGAGCCGUGGAAUCUGUAGACGGAAGGCGGUGAAAGUUUCGAUCGAGGUCAGAACACAAAACACUAACAUAUCACGCGUAUCAUAAAGCACGUGGUUACGCGCGCCACGUUGGUCGUUUGGAAUCAAUACUUAAAUCGUUAAGGGUGAGAGUACGGGCUGUGAAUAAUGCACCUUCUUUACGGCGACAGAAGUCUCGCGAAAGACGUGGAAGAGCGCGCUAAGGUCGAACCAAUUUCCUUUAUGCGAGCAUCUACGUGCGAACGGAUCGCCAAUAAUCCUCGCCUCGUCUUCGAUAACGAGGGAACAGUCUUCGAAUUACUGCGAACGUUACUCCGGAUCGUAAAUCUUCGAGAAAUGCACGCGUUUACCCCUAUCUCCGCUCGUCUGCUGGGAGUCUUUUGCUCGAAUCAUAAGUGGAAGAUUGGGUUGUAAGAAUACGGGGAAUCGAAGACUACUAGUUUUGAUUUUACGCCAUCGUAAACUACAUAAGCUAACAUUCACAAAUCCUAUCCAAAUUCAUUUUUCUGUCAAAGUGUCGAGGGUCUUUUGUAAUCCAAUGACACCAACUAACGCUUAAGUUUAACACUAAACUUACCACGACCGGUCAUCCGACCGGUUGAAUGAUUUAUAUUUGAACUGGAUAAAAUUUGGUACCAAAUACUGGUUAGAGAAGAGAGAAUUUUCAGUUUCCACUGUCUUAAAACAGUCUAACAACGCGUAUUAAAAAUAGUUAAACUUCUGACGCGUACAGUUUCGAAACUAAUAAUGUCUAAAUUUAUAAAUGAGCCUUCGUUGG